CGAAAUCAACGAUUGAAUAGACGGUUUGCAUAGAACUUGGGCACUUGAUUUAGCUUUCUCUAUAUUGCACAUACAGUGGCAGAUCUAUCGCAUUCUAGUGCUCGUUCAUCCGCCACAAUGGAUGUAGAGCUGUACGUGUACGACUUGUCCAAGGGACUUGCACGGAUGUACUCGCUCCCCUUGACGGGAACGCAGAUCGAUGCCAUCUACCAUACUGCUCUGGUGCUGAAUGGUGUGGAAUAUUUCUUUGGUCAGGGUAUUCAAACUGCUGUUCCUGGCAGCACUCAUCAUGGCCAUCCCAUUGAGAAACUUCAUAUGGGCCGAACGGAGCUUCCCGUCGAUGUAAUCGAAGAGUAUAUCUCGUCGCUUGGGGAUAUCUAUACUCCUGAGUCCUAUGAUCUCUUCCUGCACAACUGCAACAACUUUACUCAGGACCUGGCUAUGUUCCUUCUCGGAAAAAGCAUCCCGGAGCACAUUCGCAACCUGCCCAAGACGUUCCUGGAUACCCCCUUCGGCCAGAUGAUGAAGCCUCAGAUUGAGAUGGCGCUUCGUGGUACGGUGCAAGGCUCCGGAGAAAACUCUCAGCCGUAUCUUAAUGGUUCUGCUGCUGCUGCACAGCCUACGCCGUCUGCACCAUCCCACGGCACCGUCCGAGUGGCCAGCAAUCUUCCGCAGCUCGAGGAACAACUCGCCGCUGCAUCGCAGUCGUGCGCAAUCGUCUUUUUCACUUCGGCGACAUGUCCCCCUUGCAAGAUGCUCUAUCCUGCAUAUGACGAGCUUGCGCAGGAGGCUGGCGACCAGGCCGCUCUUAUUAAAGUGGACGUCAGCACGGCCCGCGAUGUCGGCAUGAAAUAUAGCAUCCGCGCCACGCCCACCUUCAUGACCUUCCUCAAGGGCUCGAAACUCGACCAAUGGAGCGGUGCAAACCCAUCCCAGCUCCGAGGCAACGUGCGUCUCCUCAUCCAGAUGGCGCAUCCCGCUCACCCUCAUCGCCAACUUCACCUCCCGAGCCUCCAACGGCCCAUCACCAAAUUCGUCCUCUACCAGAAAGUUCCACCCUUCGCGAAGCUCCUCCAGAAACUCACCCCUUACCAUGAAGACCCGCGUCUCGAGUCCAUCGUCGGCUUCAUAAGCCGCCGCACCGACUCUGCCGCCGACAACCCCCUCCCAGACGACCUGCCCUCCUUCGCCACCUACCUCCAAACCACCGUCCAGGCACUUCCACGCGAGAACGUCUUCGCCGCCGUUGACCUCGCUCGUCUCCUCUUCCUCGACCCCCGAGUCGCCAGCUACUUCGCCGAAGAGCCCGGCCACCAGACCAUCCUCACCCUCCUCUCGCCCUCCGAGACCCUCUCCACCUGCCCGUACCCGCUCCGGAUCAUCAUGCUCCAACUCGUCUGCAACCUCUUCACCACGCCCCUCUUCGCCGACCUCCUCGUCACCUCGUCCUCUCCGCCCUCCAAACUCCACGAAACCACCCUCCGCCUCGUCACCGGCUGCCUCCUCGACUCGCACCCCAACCUCCGCGUCGUCGCCGCCUCCCUCGCCUACAACAUCGCCGCGCACAACCACAACGCCCGCGAGUCGCAGUCCCCCGACAAACUCUCCGAGGAAGACCAGGUCGAGCUCACCGCGUCGCUCGUCGAAGCCAUCACCCAGGAAGAAACGAGCGUCGAGUCCCUGCACGGACUGCUCUUUGCGCUGGGGCUGGUUGUGUACGAGGCGCCUGUAGACGGGGAGGUCGUGGACCUGUGCAAGGCGAUGGGGAUCGCGGAGACGGUGCAGCAGAAGAAGAAGGUCGAGGCUUUGAAGAAGGAGUCGCUGAUUGCGGAGAUUGGGGGCGAGUUGUUGGGGAGGGGGUUAUAAUUGGAUUUCUGUCUGGGUUUUGCUUUUUCGUUGCUUGAACGCAAUGGUAAUAAGUAGGUAGGUAGGUAGGUAGAAAGAAGGUAUAGAUCGAUCUUAACCUAU